AUGUUGCCUUCCCUUUUUCCUACCCCAAAAAAACAAAAACAACUGCACAGAAACCCCGAACAUGAAGCUGCAAAUCAGAGAGUCCGGAUCAGACAACUCAUUGCGACAGAACGAGAGGACAAACGAGCCCAAGCGCAAUGGCAGAUCCGGGAGGAGGGAUCAGCUCCUUUAUCCCAUCCUCUACCGCUCCACACACCACCAUAUUCCCUCUUUUUUGUGUGUGCUCUGUGUUGGGGUGUUUGGUUUAAAAGCCGAGCCGGCUGCAAAGCCGCUUCUGGGCUACAUUUAUAUCUAUCUAUAUAUAUCUAUGUAUAUGUAUAUAUAUAUCUUUACCCCCCUGCACACAACCCCAUCCUUGUGCAAUCCUCUCCCGUUUAUUACGCGCUCCGCCGCUCGCUCUCUUCCCCCCCUCUCUGCGGGUAUAAAGGUUUCUCUCCUCUUUCCAGCUCGGCUCCUUAUUCCAGAAGCUUCUACGGGGGAGGGGAGCACCCACUGCGGAGCCUUUGCCGCAGCGCCCGGCAGGCGUGGUCCCUGCCGGAGGAGGAGGAGGAUGAAGAUGAUGAUGAGAAGGAUGCACCACUUCUCCCUGGCAUUUCUUCCCCCUCGCUAGAUUUCCCCAUCCAUGACAAGGGUGCAGGGAGGUGUUUGCGAGGGGGAACAUGGGAUUGUUUGUGUAACCCCUCUCCACACCUUCGGAUGUGUUGGUUUGGAGAUCCGCCUUGUGCUCCUCAGAGGCCUCUACUGGCAUGGAGGGACCCUGGACUGAGAUGCUGGCUGCUUGGGAUGUUCCCACAUUUUCCAGCCUGGAAGACUGAAGUCCUCUCUGUUUAGCUGAUACCAUGCCCUGUCUUUGGGAAACCCCUUUGUGAGCAGGUUCAGCUCUAUGGUAUGUGGUCACACAGAAGCUGGGGGGCAGGGGGAGCAGCACUGUGAUAGUCCUCUUUC